AUGAGAGUUUCAACUUCUGCCGGCGCCCUCGCCGCGCUGUCUUUCGUUUCUUCAACCUCUGCUGCUUCGAACUCUUCCUCUUCCUCAACCAACGCUAUUCUCUCUGAUGGGUACGUCUCUCUCGGCCGCUACGAUGCCGCCUACCAAAAGGCCAAGUCCUUCGUCGCAACCCUCGACAACGCCCAGAAGGUGUCCAUCAUCACCGGGCAGAGCGUCACCGGCAACGCCACCUGGACGGCUCUGAACAACAAGGAUGGCGUGUCCGGCAUCAACUACCAGUUCUACGUCUCCGGCUUCACCAUGGCCAAUGCCCUGACCAUGAGCUGGAACCGCGAGCUCAUCGAGCAGCAGUUCAAGGCCGUCGGUGACGAGUUCUACGGCAUGGGCUACAACCUCAUCAACGGACCCGAGGCCGGUCCCCUCGGCCGGACCCCGUACGGUGGACGAACUCCCGAGACUUUCGGCGCCGACCCCUACCUCACGGGCAUCGCCAUGGGUAAGGCCAUCUCCGGUAUGAACUCUGCCGGCGUCAUCGCCGGUGGCCGCCACUUCCUCCUCAACGAGCAGGAGACGAACCGGUCCUCGGGCAUUUCCGCGACCACGUCCAACGUCUACUCCUCCAACGCCGACGACAAGACGAUCCACGAGCUGUACUCCUGGCCCUUCGCCGACGGCGUCCAGGCCGGCAUGAUGGCUGUCAUGUGCGGCAUGACCCGCGUCAACGGGACCCUCUCGUGCGAGAACAACAACCUCGUCAGCGCCCUCCUCAAGAAGGAGAUGGGCUUCCUGGGCCUCACCACGUCCUACGGCUCCGCCAACGCCGGCCUCGACUACGGCUCCAGCAACUACUGGACAGAGGACAUCCUCAACGCCGGCAUCAGCAACGGCAGCUUCACCCAGGAGCGCCUUGACGACAUGGCCGUCCGCAACGUCAUCGGCUACUACCACGUCGGCCUCGACGACGGCAAGCAGCCCUCCAAGGCCGCCACCACCGAGUACCGCGACGUCCGCGGCAACCAUUCUAAGCUCAUCCGCCAGGUCGCCGGCGAGUCCAUCGUCCUGCUCAAGAACUCCAACGUUUCCGGUCUUGGGCUCCCCCUGCAGAGGCCUCGAACCAUCUCUCUCUUCGGCGCUCACGCCGGCCCCGCCCUUGCCGGUCCCAAUCAGCCCUUCAGUGUUCAGGGAACCGACAGCGACGUCUACCAAGGUCAUCUUGCCAGCGGAACCGGUUCCGGCCAGCUCUCUCUGCCCUACCUGGUCACCCCUUUCCAGGCCAUCACGUCCCGCGCCAUCGAGGACAACAGCAUGAUCUGGUGGCUCUUGAACAACACCUACACCUCUUCAUCGUCUGGCGGCGGCGGCAUGUCCGGUGGCGGCGGAGGCGGCAGCCCUCCCGAUGGUAUGUCCGGAAACAGCACUGGAGGCGGUAUGGGUGGUAGCGUUGGUGGUAACAGCACCGGUGGCGGAAUGACCGGCGGCGGUGGUGGUGGUGGUGGCGGCGGCGGUCUCGGAAACCUGGGACAGGGCACUGCCAUGACCCCUUCGUUCACCAACUACGCCGAGAACUCGCAAGUCUGCAUCGCUUUCAUCAACUCCUACUCCGGCGAGGGCGCCGACCGCAGCUUGCUGUACGACGACGAGCAGGACGCCAUGGUCACCUCCGUCGCCUCGAACUGCAACAACACCGUCGUCGUCGUCAACACAGCCGGCCCCCGUGUCCUCGACGCCUGGAUCGAGAACGAGAACAUCACCGCCGUGCUGUACUCCGGCCUCCUCGGCCAGGAGAGCGGCAACGCCAUCGCCGACGUCCUGUACGGCGACGUCAACCCCAGCGGCAAGCUCUCCCACACCAUUGCCAAGAGCGCCGACGACUACCCCGUCUCCAUCUGCUACACCGAGCAGUGCGACUUCACCGAGGGCGUCUUCAUCGACUACCGCUACUUCGACGCCAAGAACAGGACCGUUCGCUACCCCUUCGGCCAUGGCCUCAGCUACACCUCCUUCUCCUACGGCAAGGUCGACGCCAAGGUCACCAACCAGACAGCGGCCGACUCCAAGUACCCCGGCGGUGCUCUGGUCCCCGGCGGCCAGGAAGACUUGUGGGAGGAGAUCAUUAGCGUCAAGGCCAACGUUAGGAACGACGGCGGCGUCCAGGGCGCCGAGGUCGCCCAGCUCUACGUCAGCUUCCCUGCCGAGGCCGCCCAACCCCCUCGCGUCCUUCGCGGGUUCGAGAAGAUCGACCUGAAGCCCGGUGCCGCCGGCGACGUCACUUUCAGCCUCCGCAGACGCGAUGUCAGCUACUGGGACACGGCCGCGCAGAAGUGGGCUGUUGCCAGAGGAAAGUACACCUUCUCCGUUGGUGCCAGCUCGCGUGAUAUCCGCGCUGUCGCAGACAUUACCAUCUGA